AUCAAAAUGAGGGGAAUCAUCCUAGCUGUUCUGCUCACCUUAGCGGUGAGCGAGAAGUCUAAAAUUGAACCAUACUUUAGUGAGAGCAAGACGUAUGUGUACAAUUAUGAAGGAAUUAUUCUGACUGGAUUCCCAGAGAAUGGUUUGGCUAAGUCUGGUAUUAAACUGAACUGUAAAGCAGAAAUCAGAGGCUAUGCACAGAGGUCCUACAUUCUCAAGAUCCAAUCUCCAGAAAUAAAGGAGUACAACGGAAUAUGGCCAAAAGAUCCAUUCACUCGAUCCUCUAAGCUGACCCAGGUUCUGGCUGAACAACUAACAAAACCUGUGAGGUUUCAGUACUCCAAUGGCCGUGUGGGAGAGAUCUUUGCUCAUGCUGAUGUUUCAGAGACUGUGGUCAAUAUUCACAGGGGAAUCCUAAACAUGCUUCAAGUUACAAUCAAGAAAUCUCAAGAUGUGUAUGACCUGCAAGAGAAUGGUGUUACCGGAGUGUGCCACACAAAAUAUGUGAUCCAGGAAGAUAGAAGGCAAGAGAGAUAUAUUGUAACUAAAUCCACAGAUCUCAACAACUGUGAAGACAAAGUAGUAAAGAACAUCGGAAUGGUCUACUUGGAAACCUGCAAAGCAUGCCAACAGAAAUCAAAGCACUUACGAGGAUCAGCUACCUACACAUACAAACUAAAGGAGAAGGAACAGGGUGCCCUCAUUGUAGAAGCUACAGCCCAGCAAGUCUAUCAGUUCUCUCCAUUUUAUGAACUUUAUGGAGCUGCGGUAAUGAAAGCAAGACAAGUACUAACAUGGGUGGAAACUAAAGCUAGCCGAAGCAGUGAUGCACAGCUGCAGUUGGAAAAUCGUGGUGGUCUUAACUACCAAUUUGGUGCCGAAGUCCAUCAGAUGCCAUUUCAGUUAUUGAAGACCAAGAACCCAGAAUCACAGAUUGUAGAAACACUUCAGAACUUGGUGCAGAAUAACCAACAACAAGUUCAAUCACAAGCUCCAGACAAAUACCUGCAACUGAUUCAGCUUCUGAGAGCAGCAAGUGCUGAAAGCCUUCAGACUAUUUGGAAGCAGUAUGCAGACCGACCUCAGUACAGGCACUGGUUGAUACAUGCUAUCCCACUGAUUGGAUCUACUGAUUCUCUGAAGUUCAUCAAGCAGAAUAUAGAUAACCAAAAUCUGAACAAACAGGAAGCUGCCUUGUGCAUCAGUAUGGCUAUGCUGCAUUCACGUGCAAGUCAACGUACAUUGCAAGAAGCUUCUGACUUGGUAAUGGAUUCUAAGAUACAGAACAGGCCUUUCCUCUACAAGACUGCAAUACUGGCCUAUGGUUCCAUGGUCUACAAAUAUUGUGCCACAACCUCAUCUUGCCCAGAAGCGGCUCUCCAACCUCUUCAUGAUUUAGCUGCUGAGGCUGCUAGCAAGGGCAGAGAAGAAGACAUCUCUCUUGCAUUAAAGGCAAUGGGAAAUGCGGGACAACCUCAAAGUAUCAAACGUAUUCAGAAAUUCCUGCCAGGAUUCUCCUCCGGUGCUUCCCAACUCCCUAUCAGAAUUCAGACUGAUGCUGUAAUGGCUCUAAGAAACAUUGCUCAACAAGACCAACGAAAAGUUCAGGAAAUUCUGCUCCAGAUCUUUAUGGACCGUAACGUCCAUUCUGAGGUGCGCAUGGUAUCUUGUAUUGCUCUGUUCGAAACCAAACCAGGAGUCGCCAUAGUAACAACUGUAGCUCAAACAGUAAUGAAGGAAAGCAAAGUUAACUUGCAGCUUGCAAGUUUCACAUACUCUCAUAUGAAGGCAUUGACCAAGAGCAGACUGCCAGAGCUUCAUUCAUUGGCUGCAGCUUGCAGUAUUGCUUUAAAAAUGCUAAAUCCAGCUCUUGACAAGCUUGGCUUCCGUUACAGCAAAGCCCUUCAUAUAGAUACCUUUAAAUACAAUGUGAUGACUGGAGCUGCUGCAAAUGUUUACUUUAUAAACAGCCCAAAAACAAUGUUCCCAACCUUUAUACUCAUUAAACUCCGAGGAAUUGCGGCUGGUGCUGAGACUGACCUUGUAGAGGUUGCUGUUCGGGCAGAAGGACUCCAGGAAACUUUAAGAAAACAGAAUAUUCCAUUUGCAGAUUAUCCCAUGCGCAAAAAGAUCAUGCGUGUAGUGAAAACUCUUACUGGCUGGAAAUCACUGCCUUCUGAUGAGCCCCUUAUCUCAGCUAACUUCAAGGUGCUUGGUCAAGAGAUGCAAUUCGCUCAAAUCAGCAAGGAAACCAUCCAAGAAAUAAUGCGGUCUCUUUAUGAACCAGCAGACAGGCAUUCCGCGAUUAGAAAUGUGUUGAAUAAACUCCUUAAUGGUGUCGCUGGCCAAUGGGCUCAUCCACUUUUGGCUGCAGAAGUUCGACACAUUAUUCCCACUUGUGUUGGUCUCCCAAUGGAAUUCAGUGUACACACAGCUGCAGUGAUUAAUGCUGCUGCUAAUGUUAAUAUGAAAGUUUCGCCAUCACCAACUAAAGACUUAAGUGUAGCUCAGCUGCUGGAAUCUAACAUACAACUUCAAGCUGACAUAGCUCCAAGUGUGUCAGUUCAUGCUGUGGCGACGAUGGGAGUGAACACUCACCUUAUACAGAGCGGUAUUGAAUUUCACGGUAAAGUACGAACAUUUACCCCAGCUAAAUUUACAGCAAAGAUAGACACAAAGGACAGAAAUUUCAAGAUUGAGUCUGCUCCAUGCCAACAAGAAGAGGAACUACUGCUGACAAGAUCUCAAGUGUUUGUUGUGUCAAGAAAUGUGGAAGAGCUGGAAGCAACAAAGAAAACCCCAAUCUUACCCAGAGGAGCCGUACAACACAUUCUUAAGAAACACUUUGAGACUACCGGAAGGAAUUCUGAAGAAGCGGCCAGCAUGAUGGAUGUGUCUUCAGAAAUGGUGAGCAAGAAAUGGGCCUACUCCGCAGAAGUAACAGAACACCAAUACUCAUCAUCUAGGAACACUGAUGACUAUCGCUACUGUGCUAAAGCCCCUAAAUUUGGCUUCCAAGUCUGUCUUGAAACCAAAUAUCAAAAUGCCGGAUUCCUCAGACAGACCCCACUAUAUCGAGCAGUUGGAGAACAGGAAAUCAGAGUCACAAUAAAACCAGCUCAAAGUGAUGCACCAAUUGAAAAACUUCAGCUGGAAAUCACAGCUGGAACUAAAGCAGCUUCCAAGAUCAUUGCCAUGGUAACUGAUGAGGAUAAACAAGGUGAACAGCUUGAAGAGUCUGAGGUUCAUCUGAGACUCAAAAAGAUUCUUGGAAUAGAAGAUAUUGAAUAUAGAGCUAGAAAUGAAAGUUUACGUCAAAAUAAAAAAGGCAACAAAAAGAGCAAAAACGCUAAAACCCCAGAGACAGACGUUGUUGAAGCCAGAAACAAAAAGCCACAAUCCUCAUCCUCUUCCAGUUCUUCCAGUUCAUCUAAAUCAUCUAGUUCUUCAAGUUCAUCUAAUUCACCUAGUUCUUCUAGUUCAUCUAGUUCUUCAUCAAACUCUUCUCCUUCAUCUUCAUCAAGUUCAUCUCAGCAAUCUAGGCGCCAAAGGCAACAUCAAGGACAAAAGAAUGAAAAAGAUAUUGUACCUUCAGACAAUUAUCGCCAGCAGUCACAGAGAGACAGACAAACAGCUAAAGGGCGUCAUCAGCAGAGUAGUAGCAGCAGCAGCAGAAGCAGCAGUUCCGGCAGCAGCAGCAGCAAAAGAAGCAGCAGUUCCAGCAGCAGCAGCAGCAGCAAUAAAAAGAGUAGCAGCAGUAGCAGCAGCAGUUCCAGCGGUCAAAAUAGCAGAGCCCAAAAUAAGCAUCAUCAAAACCAUGGACAGCACACUCAGCGCAGUCAUGAACAGCAGAACCGUCAUAACAAACAUCUGAGCGAUUCUCACCUCCCUCAGGUUCAGCGUGAACUCUAUAAAUUACGAUUUAACCCAGUACGCAGACAAAGGACAUCAGGGCAGGCACAGUCCUCACAAUCCAGCUCAUCAAGCAGUAGCUCAUCAAGUAGUAGCUCAUCAAGCAGACAAAGUGGCGGAAGACAAUCACAUCGCGGAAGAUACCUGGGAGACAAAGCACCCCCUCAGGUUGUUAUCACUGCUCAGGCCCUAAGAAAUGACAACAAAAAACAAGGAUACCAAGUCAUUGUGUUUGCAGAGGAACACUCCUCUAAACCCAGGUUACAAGCCUAUGUGGUGGACAUCAGUAGAGAAAGCAGGUGGAAAAUCUGUGCUGAUGCAUACAUUAAAAGUCCUCAUGAAGCCCAGGCUGAAUUUAGAUGGGGCCAGCGGUGCCAGCAAUACAAGGUAGCCAUACAGGCACAGACCGGACGUUUAGGCAAUCAGCCAGCAUUCAGAUUGAAAGUGGAUUUACCUCGUGUUCCAUCUAAAGUGAAGAAAGUAGCAGAAUUUAUGGCUGAGUACGUUCCAGGAGCAGCAAUGAUGUUAGGAUUUUCUGAAAAAUUCCAGAGAAAUCCCUCAAAACAGAUGAAAUUAGUCCUUGCUCUUAGCUCCCCAAGAGCUAUGAAUGUUGUCCUUCAAGUACCAAAGAUGACCCUGGUUUAUCAAGCAUUACAACUUCCACUGGCUGUAACUGCAGGUUGGCACGUACAGCCUGCUGAUAUUCAGGUGCCUACAUGGAAUAUAUUUGCUGAUGCUCCACAGAUGCUGAUGAAUAGACUUCAAGGACAAUGUGUAAUUACCAGUAACAGUAUAACAACCUUCAAUGAAGUUAACUUUAACUACUCAAUGCCUGGAAACUGCUUCCAUAUAUUGGUUCAGGACGCCAGUUCUGAUAUGAAAUUUUUGGUGAUGAUUAGGAAUUCUCCACAAUCUACAGAGUAUAAAGAUAUCAAUGUCAAACUUGGCAGCUUUGAUGUGGAUAUGUAUUCCUUGUCUGGAGAACAGAAGCUUAAGGUUAAUGGAAUUGUGGUGCCAAAGCAGAGUUUGCCAUACCAGCCUUCCUCUUCUCCAUUAAUAACCAUACAGAAUGAAGGUGAAGGCUUUUCACUUUCAGCUCCAGAUUUCGGAAUUGAUAAACUUUAUUACGAUGGAAAAUUAAGCAAGGUUAGAACCACCUUAUGGAUGAAGGGAAGAACCUGUGGAAUAUGUGGUCAUUCUGAUAGUGAGAACUUACAGGAGUUCCAGAUGCCAGAUGGUAAUGUUGCCAGAGAUGAAGCAAGCUUUCUGCAUUCUUGGAUUCCAGCCGAAGAAGCUUGUUCUGGAGCCUGUAAACUGCAGCGCACAAUGGUGAAACUUGAGAAAUCAGUUGAUAUUGAUGAAUAUGAAUCUAAAUGUUAUUCAGUCCAACCAGUUCUGCGAUGUAUAAAAGGAUGUUCACCAGUUAGUACGACUCCGGUAUCAGUUGGCUUCCACUGUCUGCCUGCAGAUGCUUCCACAGACUUUCUUGAAGGCCAAACAAAGAUAGACAAGCCUGAAGAUCUAUUUGAGACAGUAGAUGCUCAUACAGAAUGCUCCUGUGAAUCUCUUAAGUGUAACUAAUAAUCUGCCCCAUGAAUAAGAGCACACAAUGUUCAUAUAAAUUAACAAUGUCACCUAACUAAUGAAUGAGACUCACACCAGAAAUUGUAUAAUACAAUGUUGUAGAUAUGUUAAUUUCCAAUAAAUAUUUGCAUCCA